UUGUUCUUGCUGAGUGCGCAUGUCUCCUUGGAUGCGGAAGUAAACAAACUUUGACAGCUCCAAACAUGUGAUUUCGUGUUCAGUUUAAACUGUAAAAACACGCAAGAUCAAGAAGAUAUAAGACACCAGAUUUUGGUUACUUUUAAAUUUACGCAAUAGCAAAAAUAUGGCAGAUUCCGUAUUUCAAGAUUUGGACUUUGAGUUAGCAUGCAAGGAGCUGGAGGAACCACAAACAGAAGGUUGGGAAUUCUUCACGGAAUCACAUGGCGUUACAAUAUACAGAAUGUAUAAUGAGAAAUCUGGGCUGUACGAGUACAAGGUGUAUGGUAUAUUAGACGAUGUCCUUCCAGAUGUAUGUGCGCAGGUUUAUAUGGACCUAGAAUACAGGAAAAAAUGGGACUCUUAUGUCAAUGAGUUGUAUGAAACUGAAGCAUCGGGGAAGAAAUACAUAUACUGGCAUGUAAAUUAUCCAUGGCCUAUGUCUCACAGAGAUUAUAUUUAUGCUCGUACAUUACGAGAGAUGGAUUACAAUGGUAAGAAGAUAUGGGUUGUGUUGGCAAAAAGUGAGAAUGUGCCAUCAGUACCAGAGAAAGACGGUGUUAUACGUGUUGACGAUUACAUCCAGAGUUGUGCGCUUACAACUGAUGGCAAAGUCGGCUCUAAAGCAUUUAUGAGGUACUAUGACAACCCAAAAGGUUCCAUUCCAACCUGGCUAAUCAACUGGGGUGCCAAGACUGGUGUACCAGGUUUUCUGACAAUGAUGCAGGCAGCAUGCAGAGGUUAUCCCGAGUAUUUACAGAAACAAGCUCAAACACAGACAUUAUGACAGCAGACUGACCUUUAAUUUCAUCAAUUAAUUAUUAUUAUUAUUUUUUUUUUCGUAAUCAUCAAAACAGUUACUGAAGUAUUAUUAAUCAGAGUCAAGUCAAAUGUUUUAUUUAUGUAACAUGGACAGUGUAAUAAGAAUCAUAGUAAUUUUCCAUUGAGAACUGUGACAUAAAAAAUCAGAAUCGUGCAAAAUGAGGUUUUGUUGAGGAAUGAUACUUGAUGUAUUUUUCGUUAUAAUUCUGGGUAAAUUAAAGGUUUUUUUUUUGCUCCAAGCAGCAUUCUGUUGAAAAAAAUUCAUAAAAUCUAUAAAUAACAGUUAUUUAAAAAUUUAACGAUUCUUUUCAUGUGAACAUUUUAUACACAUAAUUAUAUUAAUUCUGCUUCUCACCAUAGCAGUCACUUGUUUUUCAGCAUUAAAUAUUUGUAAAUGUUGUAGUGCAGAUUUGAUUGGUUCACUCAGGGUAUUUAGAUUAACAUACCGGUAAGAAUGCAAAAUUUACUGACAUUUACACUCAGAAUUUUUGUGCAAUUAUAAUUUACAUUCUCAUGUUCGCCUCACUACCAGUAAAGUUAUAUCUUGCAAUUGUAACAGCACUUUUCUGUUAAAGAAAUGAUUCUUGAUAGCAACUCUUUCAAUCUAUGUGUUCUUUUGCUAGCUUUGUCUGUAUCACUUUUACUUGUAAUAAUACUCGUCACAGGUGGUUUCAGCCUGGCCACCUGGUAGCAACUGGGUUAAAAACUAUCUUCCAUUGUGUAAAUCAUUCUGAAAGAUCAGUGUAACUUUUAUGUAGCAACUGGGUUAAAAACUAUCUUCCAUUGUGUAAAUCAUUCUGAAAGAUCAGUGUAACUUUUAUGUAGCAACUGGGUUAAAAACUACCAAAUCUUUCAUUGUGAAAAUCAUUCUGAAAGAUCAGUGCAACUUUAUAAAAGCUGUACACAGUUCAAAAAGAAAUUCAUUGUAUUGCAAAAAUAUGGAACAUUUCUUCAGUUAAAUAAUGACAGUCCUACAGGUAAUUCUGUGAAUGGUGUGAUAUAACAGUCAAAUCUGUUUUAAAAGACCACACUUAGGAAAAUGAAAGGAGCAGUUGUUGCCGACAGUCUUUUAACACAGGUAAUUGGGAAGAUAAAGUAGUAGCCUUUAUUAGCAGGUUUUAUAAUGGUGGCCUUUAUUCAGUGGGGGUCUUUAGCACAGGCUUGACCAUAUUGUGUUUAUGCAUGGAAACAGUUUACACAAGUACAUGUGCAUAAAGUGGGGUACUGUUGAUUUUGUCUGUGUGAUAGAAACCAUAACAUUUGACAAAAUUGAUAUUUUGUUUUACAAUUAUAUUUUGUUGUUUAUUUUUUUCACUAAUCUGAUUUACUUUACAUUUUAAUAUGCAAAUAAAAUAAAACAGAAAAA